CGUCGUCGUCCGCCGACGCCACCGACGGUGACAGAGUCGAGCCUCGCCGCCGAUAUGGCUCGGCCUCUCCAGUCCAACCGUGCGCCAACGACAAAGGCCACGAUGGCCGAGACCGAGGGCUACCGGACGCUUGCGCUUCUCAACCGUCUGCGCUUGGACGCUUCGAGUCUUGUGCGCGGGCGGCUCGUCGGCGCCGGCGCCCACGCCCACGUCUACCAUGGCAUGUACAACGCAACACCCGUCGCCAUCAAGACCCUUAUGACCAGUCGCAAGCACGAGAUCGACCGCGUCAUCGCCGAGAUUGAGCUUCUGGCCACGCUCGACUCGCCGUACAUUGUGGGUCUCGUGGGUGCCGUGUGGGCCGGCCGGCUCGCGAAUCUCGAAAUCGUGCUCGAGUACAUGGAUGGCGGCGACUUGUUUACGUACUUGCGCAGCCAUGACACGGUGACAUAUGCGUGGCCUGCGAAGCGGACGACACUUCUCAGCGUGGCGCGAGGGCUCUUGUACCUGCACGAGCGCAGCAUCAUCCACCGCGACGUCAAGGCGCGCAAUGUGCUUCUGGACGACGAGAAGGGCACGAAGCUCACGGAUUUUGGCGUCUCGCGCGUCGACAGCUUGGCCACCAUGACGAUCGGCGUCGGUACGUACCGGUGGAUGGCACCCGAAGUGCUCCAAGAGAACCGGUACUCGGUCGCUGCCGACGUCUACUCGUUUGGUAUCUUGCUCUCGGAAGUCGACACGCAUGCCAUUCCGUACAUGGAUAUGAUCCAGCCCGAGACCGGGAAUCCGUUGAUGGACACGGCCAUCUUGGCACAAGUCGUGCAAGGCCGACUCCGACCGACACUGUCGCCGACGUGCCCAGAGGAUAUCGCCGCGCUCGCCCAGCGCUGCUUGGCGUUCGACCCGAUGGAGCGACCGACGGCAGCGGAUGUGCUCGCGGCGCUGAAUGCUGCAACGCUACCUGCUUCCAUAUAA